AGUACGUCAAUGGUAAUGAAAAGCUCUGCUGAAAAGUGCUGCUGAAAAGUGCUACUGAUUCUGUGCUACUGAUUCUGCUGGACGUGAUCCGCACGACCACUUGCUUCAGUGAUAAGAUGUACCAUCCGCUCUCUCAACACUCUCCAAGGAUGAAUGAUAAGAUUGGCCGCACACGAAAGCGAAAGCUGAACACUGCAGAGGAACAAUCCAAUAUUAGAUGAAAAACUAAAGAUAAGAAUCUCCUGACGAGGAACGAACAUUACGGGAAGUUUUACUGCUCUUCACCCCUACUAUAACACAAUUGGACAGACAGCAACUAUGUGUGGAAUGUUACUUCGCUUACUCGACGCCAUUUCUGUGAAAAAAGAAGUAUUCCAGUCGGAUGAUCAGAUCAUUCCCUUCAAAAAGAUAAAGUGGCCCAGUCAGAUGUUUCUUUUAAAAGAGAAACGAUUAUCAAAAGAUAAACCUUGUUGUUCUAACUGGUUUUCCUAACUGGUUUUUAUAAACCAAAUCACUUUUCUUCAUGAAUUUUGUUGGUUAGAGUUGAUGCGUUUUAGUUUUUUUAAUCGUUUGGCAGUGUAAUUUGUGCCUUAGAAUUUCAGUUUGGCUUUAUUUUGGAUGCAGCUACUGGUAGCAUUGGAAGCAUUUUCACCAUUCAAUUUUAAUUAAGGCCCAACUUUUGACAGUAUUUGUAUAUAUUUGUAGUGAAUUUUAUCCUGGUAUAUACAUUUCAAUUGAUUGUCAAUAUAAUUAUUUUCUGAUGUAAUCACGUUUGUUAUCUCGAUGGGGUUCAUAGGGUACAAUCGCCUGAACUACGAUGUAAAGGAAUAACAUUCAGAUAUAAUUCUAUUAUAAUCUGUUGAUAAACAGAAAUGUUGCUGAAAUUAAUUAAUCAAACCUCAAUUUCAAAACCUCAAUAUUAAGACUUCUACAUUCAAAUGAGAGAGCCAUCCAUAUAAUGACAGUUGUGGUCACCCAAUCUCAAUUAAAACAAAAAACAUAUUUCCCUCGAAUCUCAAUUUCCAACGAUGAAAAAUUAUCCUUGAUUCCUUUUUGUCCCCUUUUUAAGAUAUGCUCAUAACUCUAAUCUUCUGUCCAAUUAGCUGCACAUAACGAGUCCCCUAAUUGAUCAUCUAGCUCUCGGUCAGGGUGGGACCCCUCCUGGCAUGAGCAACAGCCUCAAAAUAACACGUUUCUAUGGAGAUAAGGAGAGAAAAGACAAACAGGCCGAGCUAAAGCAGGCUGAAUUGAACGCUCAGAAAGACUACAAGGCCUCACUUUCUGAUCUAAAGGGAAAUUCCAAACCGCUCAUUAAUACCUUGUCCAUUGUAGCCGGCGAGAACAGAAAGUUUGGUAAAGCUAUAACUGAAACUAUAGAAAAUCACCUGAUCAAGGCGUCGGGGACUCAUAAAUUGCCAUGUUUGUACCUUGUAGACUCAAUCAUAAAGAACGUAGGGGCCCCGUACAUUGAACACAUAUCCAAAUGUGUUGUUCGGAUGUUCACAAAUACGUUCACAGAGGGUGACGAGACUGUACGGAAAGCUCUGUUCAAACUCCGCCUAACAUGGAAAGAUAUAUUCACUGUCAACAAACUCAAAGAUCUUGAUGCAUCUGUACACGAAAUUGACACAAACUGGCCUAAAAUACACGAAUCAGAGGCAUCAUCGACUACAGUCCACAUCAACCCCAACUUCUUAACGAGACCCGCCCCAUCAGCAGCAGCCGUCCCUUCUGCUGAGGCUGACGAGAUUGCGAGAAUCAGGAAGGAAAAGGCCGCUCUAGAAAAAGCACAGCGAAAGUUUGAAGAGGAGAAGAAACAAUUUGAACGUCGGCAGCUUCAGUUACAACUGAAGAAACAAAAGGAACGUCUGUUGAAUGAGAAUAAAGCUACAGCCUCUGAUUCUGAGAGCUCUGUUUUGGGUGAAAUUGUCAAAGGAACACCGGCAUCUCAACAAGCAAAAUCUCCUUCUAAACCUAAAGACAAAAGAAAACUCGACAAGGCCCCAAAGCACCCGGAAAUGCAACCUCCGGCUGUUAAACCUACAAAACGAACUGCUCGAAAAUCUAUCGCUAAUGCCCCCGCUACCGUGCCCCAGAAAAUAACUAGAGUCGGCAGAAUACCCAAAAUAUCAGCCGAAGAGAAGGCGAAAGCGGUCGAGCAAGCAAAUGAGAAGAAGCGGCUGAGACAGAGUGACAGCGAGGGAAGCGAGACUGAGAAACAGAAACCUAAGAGAGUGUACCCUCUCCGCAGCCGAAGCACAAGCGGAGAUCCUCGGGAAAAUAAUAAGGACGAUAGUGGUAGCGACAUGAGUGUGGACAGUGACGGAGACCCUCACACCUCCAGAUCCCGGCCAGCCGGACCCCGACCUGGGGAACCUAAACCUCCCAUCCCUGUUGCUACUGUUAACCCGGCACCUAUGAACAUUCCCGUCAGACCACCCCCUCCUAAUCACUACAUGAUGCCUGGUAAACCCUCCCACGAGAACACAGCACAGCCUCCCUCUCCUGAGAAACAGUUCGUCAGACCUCCUCCUCCUACUCUCAUCCCUCCUCGACCUCCGGCUCCAUUACCUGCCCCUCCUCGUCCUAUCCCGCCCCCGCAAGUUCAGGAUAUCCCUCUCCGGCCACCUGCUCCCAAUAUAAGACCUCCGGUUCCUGCUCCUACUGGUCCAGUUAGGCUAGAGAAGGAUCCUGGGAAAGGGAAGAUAAAGAUCAUAGCGCCUCUCAAGCUCCCUGGAGAUCCAGAAGAGUCUGCCCCGGUAGCAAAUAAACCCCCACCCGGCCCCGCCCCAGCUGCAAUGAGGCCAUCUUUCGAGGACAGACAAACUUCUGAUCCUAGGUAUAAUGAGAAACGAGGUUCCCGUUCCCCAGACCCUAGAUUCACUGAGAGGAGGGAUUCUCCUGGACCAGACCCCAGGGAUAGACCACCUUUCAGAUCAUCUGCAUCUCCUGAUCGUCAUUACCGCGAAACUCCUGCUCAGAGGGACGAUCUCAGAAGGGACGAGGCUAGAAGGGAAAACUUCCCUCCAAGGGAUGCGUUUCCGGGACAGCGAGGAGACUUUUCUGGACCACGUGAUGAUCGUCGACCGGACAUGAGACGGGACGGACCCGUGCGAGACGACAUUAGGAGAGAUGGUCCGGGUCCUCUUAGGGACGAUAUGAGAAGAGACGGUCUCGGCCCUAUGAGAGAUGGUCCCGGGCCCAUAAGAGGAGAUGGUCCCGGCCCUAUAAGGGACGAUUUGAGAAGAGACGGUCCCGGCCCUAUGAGAGGAGAUGGUCCUGGCCCUAUUAGAGGAGACGGUCCUGGUCCUAUAAGAGAAGAUAUAAGGCGGGAUGGUCCAGGUCCUAUAAGGGACGAUAUUAGGCGGGAUGGUCCAAUGAGGGACGAUAUGAGGCGGGAUGGUCCGAUGAGAGACGAUAUGAGGCGGGACGACGACUGGCGACGGGACGACCGACGAGAAUUUGUUCCUCGUGACGUGCUGGACAGAAGACGUGACGUGCCUCCCAGAGAUGAUAUCGAGAGGAGGCGGGAGGGUGGUCGUGGUGGCCGGGGUGGCAGAAGAGGUAGCCCCCACAUGCGGCGUGGUGGUACUCCUCCAAUUCCUGCAAAUCCGGAGAGGAAGUACUAUGGUGUUCUGAUGGAUGACGUGGCUGCAGUUCCUCAGGGUGAUCUCCCGGAGAUUGUCAUGUUCGGUGACGGACCUAAAAAGCCUCCUCAGGAUAACUUUACCAUCGACCGGAAACCAGAUAAUCGGAGGAUGCCUGAUGAUCAGGGAUACGAUGACAGGGGAGACCGAUCAGAAAGAGGAGACAGAGGAGACAGAGGACGGGGAUAUCCCAGAGGCCGUGGUGCACAUGGUCCACCUGGACAGCGAGAUAUGGACCACGAACGACCGGAGCGAGGAGGAUUCCGAGGUCGUGGUGGUAGAGGAGCAAGAGGGAGGGAUAACUUCCCUUCUAAACCGGAGAACUUACCUCAUAGAUAUCUGGUUAAAGCUGAUUAUGCUCCCUCGCAGUUCACACGCCUCUUCCAUGUGGCUGCUGGUGACUUUGAGAAAGGUAAUAUAGAGGACGGAGAGUUCCAGGCUCUAAAGGAAGAUAUACGGUACUACUUCCCUAACUUCAGGUUCCCUGGACGGCACAGAGGAUCGUUCCGUGGAGGUCCUCGAGGUGGGUCGAGAGACCGUAGUUUCGAUGGAUCUUACGGGCCCCGAGAACCGGGCCCACCCGGAGUGAGCGGACCCUCCCCUGCCCCUACAUUACCUGGUCCUGCUGGUCCUACUGCUCCACAACCGCGUCAGAGACAACCUGCUCCUCGGUUACAGGUCCCAGACAAGCCCCCAGCACCAGUUAAACAGCUAGAUCCGGCUUCCCUGUUUGACAAGCUGCUCAAGACAGGUCUGGUGGUCCAGAACGCUCCCUUCAAACUCUCCUUCGACUACAUUAUGAAUUUGAACAAAGACGCUCUAAUAAACAGCAUGUACACAGGAACUCCCUGUACUAACUGUGGUAAACGGUUUGACGAGGAGGAGGUGAAGUCCUUCAACGUCCACCUCGAUUGGCACUUCCGUAUGAAUACCAUGUCCAAGAGCGGCCAGAUCGCCAAAAAGUGGUACCUAACAGCAGAUGACUGGACGUCAGCUACCUCCAACUCGGGUUCACUAGCUGUGCACAAUGCUGACAAUAAUGAUAAUAAUCCUGGUGACUCCUGGCAGAGAGCUGACGCAGAUCCUCUGGAUGAUGACUUCUGCGGGUUAAAGAGGUGUCAACUAAAAGCGGACGAUGAGGACUUUUGUCACGUGUGUCACGACAGACUUCAACAAGAGUUCAAUCAGAAGGAGGAUGAGUGGUACUUUAUUAACGCUCAGAGGAGGACGGAGGAUGGCAAAGUCUGCCAUUCUCACUGCACGCAGGAGGGUAUUGACGAAGGUAACGUUACUCAAGGACUUGAAGUAACGAUGAACGAGAGUAUUGUUGACAGUAUUGACUCAGGCUCUAGAUCUAGGAUCGACUCUCAAAUCUCACAAGAUCUGGUGACUCCCACAACAUUCAAACCACCAGACCUUGUCGUAGAUAAAGAGAAGGAAGCGACAAUGCUCGCACUUCUGGAAAAAGCAAAGACAGCUCUUACUGGUAACAAGUCCAAGAUUUCCUCUCCUCCUCCUCCUCCUCCCCCUCCCGCUUCUGUGCCUGCUGUUCCCGAAGAACAAUUAUCUUCAGAACCUGUCCCUGUCAAAGAAGAACCAAUGGAGGUAAACGAAGAGGCAGCACCAGACAUCACACCGAACACAGAAGAACUCCCCCCUGUUGAUAUAAAAGAAGUUAAAAAAGAAGAAGAAGAUGAAUGUUUGGAUGACGACAUAUUUGAAGAAACUUCCGCCUCCGCAGCAGCGCCAAUGGAGUUGGACAUUAAAAAGGAGGUAGAUGAGGCCAUCUUAGCUCUAAAGUGAUAUUGCCACUUUCUCAGUUUUAGACCAGCUCUACGACUUUUAUUUUCACCGAAUUCAGAUCUUGGGAAAGCUCAUUUCCUGGACCGUUCCGCUCUAGGAAUUGAAUGGGAGGGUCAAUUUUACAUGGUACAAUAUUGUGGUACCGGUUAAAGUUUCUUACAGUGUUUAUGAUAAUCAAUUUCAGUAUUAUCACUGUAAUUAAAGUUAUUGUAGUUAAUUAUUAAUAAAUAAUUAAUUAUUAGUCUCAGUUAUAUGGUGGUUUUAUUUAUUGAGCUGACUUUUAAAGAGUUUUGUAGAUUAUUUCACAGAUGUAAUCCCCACGUUGAGUUGUAAUGAAUCCACUGCCCCCGAAUACCCUGUAAGUUUGGUUAAUUUGAAAAAUAUGUUUAAAUUAUCCUUUUCCCGUAAAUUUUUCACAGCUUUAAACGUCACGAUCUUAUUUUGCAGUUCAAACGUCACUUAUUUUUCUCCAAAAUUAUUAAGGGUAUAGUUUAGUUAAUAUCAUAUAUUACCAUGAUUAACGCGGCAUUAAGUAAGUUGUAAACGAGUCCCUAAUAUCUUAACUCUAAUUAAUUUACCGUGCCUGGAAUUUUAAGAUGUGAUUCAGUGUUAUGUAAAAUUCUUUAUAAUGAGAUUAUUUAAAUUGCUAUGAUGAAAUUUAAAACCAAAUAAAACGAUCUUCCUUAUUGUUUGAAGAAAACAAAUUGUAAAGU